AUGUGCAUUGAUUACCGCCAGUUGAACAAGGUCACCAUCAAGAACAAGUACUCGUUGCCUCGUAUUGAUGAUUUGUUCGACCAGCUGCAGGGUGCGAGGGUGUUCUCUAAGAUUGACCUGAGGUCAGGAUAUCAUCAGCUGAAGAUUCGGGACUCGGAUGUUCCGAAGACUGCAUUCCGGACUAGAUAUGGCCAUUAUGAGUUUCUAGUGAUGUCCUUUGGCUUGACCAAUGCGCCAGCAGCAUUUAUGGAUCUGAUGAACAGGGUAUUCAGGCCUUAUAUUGAUUCCUUUGUCAUCGUCUUCAUUGACGACAUCUUGAUAUACUCGCGUAGCCUGGGAGAGCACGAGCAGCAUUUGAGAGUAGUGCUUCAGACCUUGCGAGAGCAGCAGCUGUAUGCUAAGUUCUCCAAGUGUGAGUUUGACUCUUCCACGCCAGGUGCUUCUGCUAGUCAUUCUGGUGCUAGGGGUCCUCUCCAGUCCCCAUCUUCGGCACCAGGGAGUUUUGUGAGGGAUUUUCCAGACGUGUUUCCUGCAUACCUGCCGGGCAUGCCACUGGACAGGGAUAUUGAUUUCAGUAGUGAUCUGGUGCCGGGUACUCAGCCCAUUUCUGUUCCACCGUACCGUAUGGAACCAACAAAGUUGAAGGAGCUGAAGGAGCAACUUUAG